UUUGCUUUCAGCAACGUAUUCAGUGAAAGGGUACAAAACUUUAGUUGAGGUCAAAGAGUGCGAUGAUAAUGAUAAUCGUCAUCAGCGCUUAGACAUCCUCGUUUGCAACUGUGACUCUCCUACAUAUGGUUAUGAACUUGUUGUUGCACCAACUUUGGAACAUUUCCGAGAUCAUGUCAGGCGCGCAAAACACUAUGCCAAAGUCCAUAAGACUAACAACAUGUUCAUAGUCAACUUGUGUCCCAAGCCUUCUGUGGAUUAUUUUGAAGAGAUGACGUCAGUGAGGAGAUCUUCAAGGUUAGCCAACAAGGUUCAACCAUGUUAUGCAGAGAACCUACAGCAACCACCGGAGCCUUUUGUAUUUCCAACAAAUGUGACUGUCAUGAACGUGACUAUAAGGAAGGAAAACAAGGGAUUGGUGGCGAAUCUGGUUUAUAGAGAUGGAAAAGAGAACACUAUUGUGAUCAAGGGUUCUGAAUGGUACAUGUAA